UUUGCGCGAAGAUUCCAUUGUUACAAAUACAUAAUCUUGCUAAUCUCGUGACCAACACGCCAUUACAAUCUAUUACCAGUAAUAACAGUAACAGUAACCAUCUUUAUAGUAUACAUACACAUUCUAUAUUUCAGUUACCAUUUCCAUGUAAACUUUGUAUAGUCUAUUCUCUCAGUUGGUACCGCUUAUUAAAUGUCUGCAACAACGGUGACGGAGAUUGAGAUUCCGGUGUGAUGACGGAGAAAUGAAGUGUUUGGAUUUUAAGGCGUGAAUGAAAAACGAGAAUAUAGAGUAAUAUAAAAUGAAGUUGUGACUAGUGAAAGCAAAUUGACAAUGCCGGAGCUAGGGUUUCAGGAUUCGAGAUCGGGUAGAAAUGUUCAUCGUGAUGUAAGUCCGGAUUCUGUUAUAUUCACAGGCGACUCCAAUUACAGCAGCAUAUUCUCAUCUGCUUCCGGUAGCGUUGACCGGUGUUCAUUUGCUUCCGAUGCUCACGAUCACCAUUCCUCCGUUUCCGAUCAUUUGGCAGGGCAUGAAUGCCGUGAAGCUUCUGGUGGUACAGUUACAGAUCGAAACAAAGCUAUGGUACACAGAAAUAGUCACCUUGGCAGAAAAGAAAAAGCAAAAGUUCAAAAGGCAGAGAAGAACAGCAAGAUUGAGAUUGAGACAGAUGAUGAAAAUCUGUCUUUAGAUUCCGCAAGAAACUCUUUUUCUCAAGCUCUUAAAGAAUGUCAAGACCGGAGGUUUAGGUCAGGAUCACUACUGAAGAAACCAGAUAGGCGAAGGCCUGCUUCACUAGAUCUAAACAAUGCUGUGAUUAAUGCGGGGCACUCUUCUUCUCCGCGUUUUGGGAUCAUGAAGAAGACUCCUGUUACGACUAGCCGAGCUGGUUCAUUUCCAAGUCCAAGAACGCCAAAUUAUCGCCAUUCCAGUGUUGGUGUUCAAAAAGGCUGGAGUUCGGAGCGCGUGCCAUUGCAUUCAGGUGCUAAUCGCAGGCAGUUGAAUACUGCAUUGCUGCCUUAUAACAACGGAAGGACAUUACCUUCCAAAUGGGAAGAUGCAGAGAGGUGGAUUUUUAGCCCGGUCUCAGGAGAUAGUUCCAUGAGAACUUCGUUACAGCAGCCACAGAGGCGACCUAAGUCCAAAAGUGGGCCUCUUGGUCCUCCUGGUCUAGGUUACUAUUCAUUGUAUUCUCCUGCACCACCUGUUUUUAAGGGAGGAAAUGAUGGGAAUCUGUUAGCCAAUUCCCCUUUUUCAACGGGAGUGAUGGCAACUGAUGGUCUGUCAAUUCGAUGUGGAGAUAGCCUGGGUAGUGGAAACUUGCAUGCGCUCACAGAGCCAUGCAUGGCAAGGUCAGUUAGUGUACAUGGAUGCUCUGAACUGGUCUGUUUAUCGACCUUGCCGACUUCCCAAGAUGAGAGUGGGAAUGAUAUUCAAGAUGCAGCCAAUGGUGUGUCACGAGUUAUCUCAAGGCGGGAUAUGGCCACUCAAAUGAGCCCCGAGGCAAGCCCUUCCUCAUCUCCAAUAAGGCAGUCAUCAUUCUCUCCUUCAACUCCAUCUAUUCUACCACUUGUAGAAUUGCAAUGUGCGCCUUCUUCUAAAGCAGAAAUGAGAGAUGUUCCCAUUGAUGAGCGGGUUACAGUGACCAGGUGGUCAAAGAAACAGAAAGCUCGAAUUCCAGGUAGGUGCAUGGAACUUGAUGACUGGAAAAGGAAAGCUAUGGAAAUCCGGUCUUCAGGUUGGGAUGUUGCAGAGACAUCAACAAGCAUUUCAAAGAUCAAGAGGGAAGAAGCAAGAAUCACUGCAUGGGAGAACCUGCAGAAGGCAAAAGCAGAGGCAUCAAUGAGGAAACUAGAGAUGAAACUGGAGAAAAAGAGAUCGUCAUCCAUGGAUAAGAUUAUGAACAAACUUAGAUCGGCUCAAAAAAAGGCCCAUGAAAUGAGAAGCUCAAUGUUAGCCAACCAAUCACAUGAAGUAGCAAGAUCCUCCAGCAAGGCCUUAUCUUUCCGUCGGACUCGCCAAAUAGGGUCUCUGAGUGGCUGCUUUACAUGCCAUGCAUUUUGAUGUUACCACAAGCCUCUAUAUCAGGUAUUCUCCUCCCUUUACAUAGAGGAGUGUUAGAUUUCAGAUAUCCUUGCACAGAUUUAAAUCUGGUAUUGAAUGAGUAGAUCCCUUCUUUCCUGAUGCACUUCUCUGCAAUUUGGUAGUGAAUGGGUCAGAUCAUGUAAUUCUUGUAAUAAGCGGCAAUGAUUUGGAAAUGUUAUAUGUCAAGACGUGCUUUCUGGAAAUCAAUGCUGCAGGGCAUUUAAUGACCCUCUUAGAAGAUUAUAUUUGCUACUGAAUGAUUAAACGGUCAAGAGGCAUGAACAGGGUGAAAAGUACCCACGGUCUUCCAUGAAUGUCGAAGUAGUUUGAUGUGUAACUUCGAGUUUCAUCUUGAUGCUCCAAUUACAAAGCUUAUUUUUGUUUCUCCUUCAGGCCCUGCCAUCUUCAACAAAAUUCUAGUUGCUCUGUAAGAUUCUAAAAACAUCUCCUUUGAUUCAAUCUGUAUGUAAUGAAUUUACCAAUAAUCCACGAGUUAUCUUAAA